AGUGUGUUCAGAACAAAAUCCAAGCUGCUCAAGUUAUCUACCUUCUUUUUCUUUCAUCCCCCUGAAACUGUCUAAAACAAGCAUCCGGUCGCUAUUCACUGUUCGCACACAAAAGCAGCGGUAUAAGCAACCGUACCAGCAACAUCAACUGCUCACAACCUCACACACGCCCAUGAAGAUGUCUAUUCUUUUCGACAAGUACAACGUGGAGGAGUUCGACAGCGCGCCUUUCACGGAGCACGCCACGGUGGUGUUUACAAAAGGUGAAAUCGGCAUGAUGGGCUUGCACGCAAAGGUGGCCAACGUCAUGUCCGGCGAUCUGCACGACCAGAACCACGUCCUCAAGGGACUGGUUAUCUCCACGAUGAUGUACGGAACCGAGACGCAGAUGGAGUUGGAGAGAGCGCUUUCGCACGGCUGUGACAGUGGUAUGGCGUACAAGUUGAGAGGCGGCAAGGUGACGUUGACCACCGACUCUCACACGAUUGUCCUCACUCCGCAGUAA